GGUCGCGUGAGGGAGCAGAGGAGGAGGAGGAGGAGGAGGAGGAGUGGUGGUGGUGCGCGGGAGCGCGCGAGUGGCUGUUGCUCCUCCUGCUUGCUGCUGCUGCUGCCGCCGCCGCGGCUUCUCUGUGUGUGAAUGUGCGUGUGCGUGUGAGGAAAGAAGGAGCCCCCAUCUCAAAGCCCGGCGCUGGGACCGGCCCGUCAUGGAGUAAACCGGAGAACGCCGGCGCCGCCACCGCCACCUUCUCUUUCAUACGUGGGGCGCCUCAGAGAAGGACCUGUGACUGAGCAGGAGGUCCUGCCGCCGCCACAGGGGAAGGGGCCGCUGCCUCCGUCGCUGCUUAGCUCGCUCGCCGGGCUUGGCGAUGGCGGCGCGAGGAGCUCGUCGGCUCCUCGUCGGCUCCUUCUGGGUCGUGUUUCUCUUCGGGCAGCGCCCCGAGUUGAGCGCCGCUGCCAGGAGCAGCUCCUCGCCGCAGCAGAACCUCCCGCCCGCAGGACCCACUGUGAGGACCUUUACUCCAUUUUAUUUUAUUGUGGAGCCAGUGGAUACUCUGUCAGUUAGAGCUUCAUCUGUUAUACUGAAUUGUUCAGCUUAUUGUGAGUUGUCUCCAAAAAUUGAAUGGAAAAAGGAUGGGACUUUCUUAAACUUGGUGUCAGAUGACCGACGCCAGCUGCUAUCAGAUGGAUCUUUAUUAAUAAACAGUGUAGUGCAUUCCAAGCACAAUAAGCCUGAUGAAGGGCAUUAUCAGUGUGUUGCAACUGUGGAAAGCCUUGGGACCAUUGUAAGCAGAACAGCUAAACUCACAGUAGCAGGGCUUCCAAGAUUCACCAGUCAGCCGGAAUCAGCAUCAGUCUACAGAGGAAGCAGCAUAAUUCUUAACUGUGAAGUCAAUGCUGAUCUAACACCCUUUGUAAGGUGGGAGCUAGAUCAUCAGCCGCUCUUUCUGGAUGACCGUGUAUUCAAAUUGCCAAGUGGAGCUUUAAUUAUUAGCAAUGCUACGGAUGAGGAUGGUGGAACGUAUUGCUGUAUUAUUGAAAUUGGUGGUGCUCCCAAAUACAGUGAUGAAGCAGAAAUUAAAGUUCUUCCAGAAUCUGAAAUUGCCUCAAAUCUGGUGUUCCUAAGACAGCCUUUAUCACUUACCAAAGUUACUGGGCAGAAUGCCAUUUUGCCAUGUGUUGCUGCAGGCAUUCCCAUUCCUGUUAUCAGGUGGACAAGAAAUGAAGAAGAGCUUGUUACAGAAAGCUCUCAAAAUUUUUUGUUGCUGGCUGGGGGGAUUCUGAAGAUCAACGAUAUCACAGAAGAUGAUGCUGGAACAUACACAUGUAUUGCAGAUAAUGGGAAUGAAACAAUUGAAGCUCAAGCUGAUCUUAUUGUACAGGCUGCUCCUGAGUUUCUGAAGCAACCUUCUAAUAUCUAUGCUCAUGAAUCCAUGGAUAUUGUGUUCGAGUGUGAUGUGGCUGGGAAGCCAACUCCAUCAGUGAAGUGGGUAAAGAAUGGAGAUGUGGUGAUCCCUAGUGACUACUUUAAAAUUGUAAAUGAACAUAACCUACAAGUUUUGGGUUUGGUGAAGUCGGAUGAAGGAUUUUAUCAGUGUAUUGCCGACAAUGAUGUGGGAAAUAUACAGGCUGGAGCCCAGCUGAUAAUACUUGAUCAUGAUGUUGCCAUCCCAACAUUACCUCCCACUUCACUGACCAGUGCCACUACUGACCAUCUAGCACCUGCGACAACUGGACCGUUGCCUUCUGCCCCUCGAGAUGUUGUGGCUUCCCUUGUGUCUACCCGUUUCAUCAAGCUGACCUGGAGGACACCUGCAUCUGAUCCACAUGGAGACAAUAUCACCUACUCAGUAUUCUACACCAAGGAAGGUAUAAACAGGGAGCGUGUUGAAAACACAAGUCAUUCUGGGGAAAUGCAAGUGACAAUUCAAAACCUGAUGCCUGAGUCUGUGUAUGUUUUCAGAGUGGUAGCCCAUAACAAACAUGGACCUGGAGAGAGUUCAGUGCCACUUAAGGUGGCAACACAACCUGAGGUUCAGCUUCCUGGCCCAGCACCCAAUAUUCGGGCAUAUGCUAACUCACCCACAUCAGUUACUAUCAGUUGGGCAACACCUUUAUCUGGCAAUGGUGAAAUCCAGAACUACAAGCUGUACUACAUGGAGAAGGGGACAGAUAAUGAGCAGGAUAUUGAUGUUGGUGGUCUUUCCUACACAAUCAAUGGUUUGAAAAAAUAUACAGAAUAUAGUUUCCGAGUGGUGGCCUACAAUAAACAUGGUCCAGGAGUUUCUACACAAGAUGUUGUUGUUCGAACUCUGUCUGAUGUUCCCAGUGCUGCACCCCAGAAUCUGACUCUGGAAGUGCAAAACUCCAAGAGCAUUAUGAUGCAUUGGCAACCCCCUCCUGCAGGAACACACAAUGGGCAAAUUACUGGCUAUAAGAUUCGUUACCGAAAAGUGACUCGGAAAAGUGAUGUGACUGAGAGCAUUGUUGGGACACAACUUUCACAGCUAAUAGAAGGCCUGGAACGAGGUACAGAGUACAGCUUCCGGGUGGCUGCCUUAACAGUCAAUGGCACAGGACCAUCUACUGAUUGGGUGUCAGCAGAAACAUUUGAAAGUGACCUUGAUGAAUCUCGUGUUCCAGAAGUUCCAAGUUCCCUACAUGUCCGUCCACUUGUUACAAGUAUUGUUGUGAGCUGGACUCCACCUGAAAACCAGAACAUUGUGGUCAGAGGUUAUGCUAUAGGAUAUGGCGUAGGCAGCCCCCAUGCACAGACCAUCAAGGUGGAUUAUAAGCAACGCUAUUACACUAUUGAGAACUUGGAUCCCAGCUCCCAUUAUGUCAUAACUUUAAAAGCAUAUAACAAUGUUGGCGAAGGAAUCCCUCUCUAUGAGAGCGCCGUCACUAGAGCCUAUACAGACACUUCUGAGGUUGAUUUAUUUGUUGUUAAUGCUCCGUACACUCCAGUGCCAGAUCCCUCCCCCAUGAUGCCGCCUGUGGGAGUUCAGGCUUCCAUACUGAGCCAUGACACCAUACGAAUCACCUGGGCAGACAACUCUCUGCCAAAGAACCAGAAGGUCUCGGAUGCCCGUUACUACACAGUGCGUUGGAAAACCAACAUUCCUGCAAACACAAAAUACAAGACUGCAAAUACCACCACCUUAAGCUUCUUAGUGACUGGCUUAAAACCGAACACGUUGUAUGAGUUCUCUGUGAUGGUGACUAAAGGCCGAAGAUCAAGUACUUGGAGUAUGACUGCACAUGGAACUACUUUUGAAUUAGUUCCAACUUCCCCCCCAAAGGAUGUGACAGUGGUGAGCAAAGAAGGAAAGCCCCGAACCAUCAUAGUCAAUUGGCAGCCUCCAUCUGAAGCCAAUGGCAAAAUUACAGGAUAUAUCAUUUACUACAGCACAGAUGUCAAUGCUGAAAUACAUGAUUGGGUCAUUGAACCAGUAGUAGGAAAUAGAUUGACCCACCAGAUUCAGGAGUUAACUCUCGACACGGCAUAUUAUUUCAAAAUUCAGGCCCGCAACUCCAAAGGCAUGGGUCCUAUGUCAGAGGCAGUGCAGUUCAGGACACCUAAAGCUGAAUCUUCAGAUAAAAUGUCUAAUGAUCAAGCAUUGGGAUCUGGAGGAAAAGGAAAUCCAGUGGAUGUUGGGACAGACUAUAAAACACCCAUGAGUGGCAGUAACAGCCCUCAUGGAAGCCCUUCUCCUCUGGAAUACAACAUGCUUCUGAUAAUAAUAGUGUCUGUCGGAGUGAUCACCAUUGUUGUGGUGGUGAUUGUUGCUGUCUUCUGCACACGCCGCACUACCUCUCACCAAAAAAAGAAGCGAGCUGCAUGCAAAUCUGUGAACGGGUCUCAUAAAUACAAAGGGAAUUCCAAGGAUGUCAAACCCCCUGACCUUUGGAUUCAUCAUGAAAGGCUGGAGCUAAAGCCCAUUGAUAAAUCUCCAGAUCCUAAUCCAAUCAUGACAGACACCCCAAUCCCUCGUAAUUCCCAAGACAUCACACCAGUUGACAACUCCAUGGACAGCAAUAUCCAUCAGAGACGGAACUCAUACAGAGGGCAUGAAUCAGAGGAUAGCAUGUCCACACUUGCAGGAAGAAGGGGAAUGAGGCCAAAAAUGAUGAUGCCAUUCGAUUCUCAACCACCUCAGCCUGUGAUUAGUGCUCAUCCCAUCCAUUCCCUUGAUAACCCCCACCAUCAUUUCCACUCCGGCAGCCUCGCUUCUCCAACCUGCAACUAUCUCCAUCACCAGGCAAACCCAUGGCCAGUUGGCACAUCCGUGUCCCAUUCAGACAGGGCUAAUUCCACAGAAUCUGUUCGGAACACCCCUAGCACAGAUACCAUGCCAGCUUCCUCAUCUCAGACAUGUUGUGCUGACCACCAGGAGUCAGAAAGUGCUACAGGAUCUUAUCUGCCCAGUACACAGGAGGAGGAGGCAAGCCAAAAUCUCCCUACUGCCCAUGUUCGUCCCUCUCACCCUCUAAAGAGCUUUGCUGUGCCAGCAGUCCCACCCACUGGGGCAACCUAUGAUCCUGCCUUGCCAAGCACACCUUUAUUAUCUCAGCAAACUUCUAGCCAUCCAGUUCAUUCAGUGAAGACUGCAUCAAUUGGCACCCUAGGGAGAACUCGGCCUCCUAUGCCAGUCGUGGUCCCAAGUGCUCCUGAAGUUCAGGAAACAACAAGGAUGCUUGAAGACUCAGAAAGUAAUUAUGAACCGGAUGAGCUGACCAAAGAGAUGGCCCACCUGGAAGGACUAAUGAAGGACCUUAAUGCCAUCACAACAGCAUGACCACCUUCCCCAAGAAAUGACUCCAAAUCCUGUUUCACAGGUCUUGGGACUCAGCCUUGGAGCACAAGGAAAUGUACAAAGACUAGGGGACAGCACAAGAGAGAUAUGCAACCAGCUGCAGAAUCAGUGCCAAUGCUGGUUAACCAAGUGACUUUUCUAUUCAUUACCUUAAAAUGAACCUGUUGGAAAGUUGGAUUCCACUUCCUGCUGAGAUGUCAGAAGAGAGGGGUGUGGAUGCGCCAAACUGAUGAAAUCCAGUAUACAGAUAAAGAGGUGGACUUAGCAUUAAUUUGAGUCAGGUUUUGUCUCAGUGCUGUGACCUUCCCUGCUUUUUCAGUGUUGGACAUUCACAUUUAUGUACAAUUUUAUUUGUGUGUUUUUAUUUUAUUGUAUCUUUUUUAUUAAAAAAAAGUGUAAUCUGAAGAAAAAGAAAUUUGUGUUGUUUCCCACAGCCUAGACGGAUGUUGGAUUGCUUGUUCUAUUGUGUACGGGAAUUCAUUGCCAGUGUGGGUUGUUCAGUUUGUUUGUUUUGGGGUUUUUUUUUAGUGUGUGUAUAAUUAUAUCACUUUCCAGCAGUUAAUCCGUGGCCUUGGGGGAUGCUGCAUUGCUAUUUGUAAGCUUUUUUAUUUUUAUAUUAUAAUUAUUAAAAGCCUGACUAGAUUCUCUCUCAUCACUGUGAGAUUAGGUAUUUGUUUGGAUUGAAAUGUAACACUAAGAAACUUUUGUUGUUGGUUAUUUUUGCAUUUUCAAUAUGGGGUGGAGGUAGGAACCGGACAGAAAGCCACUGAAUGGUAGGAAGUUUCAUUGUUUCUCCAGAUGAAUCCAGUACAAUAUAACUUUAUCCAUGUGAGUAGCCCCAACCAUCGCCAAGAGUGUGCAGAGGUGAGCAAAUAUAAUGUGUGAACCACAUAAUCCUGAAUAGUAAAUGAAACAAUUCCAUAAUCACAGUAAUUGGGGAAAAGUUACCACCCUUAUCAUGGAAAUGGCUACAGACUGUAUCUGUGAUUAUCAACUUGAACAUUACCUCUAUCGGUGUAAGCAUAUACCAGGAGACAGUUGGGAUUGCACAUGUGGACACAAAAAAAGCUAUUGUGUGGAUCAGCUCUAAGUCAUGAAACGCAUCAAAAAGACUAUAAUUUGCUUUGUGAGCUAGUCAUCCAGCAUGUCUGAUUAUUAAAUUGAGGAGGUGGGGAUGGAGGAAGCUUCAUUGAGAAAUGCCUCCCCCUUAUAAUGUAGGGUUAUUUAGGAUUAGAUAGCACAGUGUGUCUUGGCAGCAGAGCUUUCUAUGUUUUAAUAUUUCAUUUUAAAGAUAACCUGUUAACAUUUGCAUUGCAUCUUGAGUUUUAGUCCAGAUCUUUUAAUGUACAGAUUGUACAUUAGUAGUAGAUUGUGUGUGGGCCACUUUUACCACCCAAAGGUCUUCAGGAGUACUUUCAGUGUUAAACCACAAUCAAAGCAAAAUGUCUUUGCAGGCUUAUUUAUUCUAAACAAAAACAAACCGUAGACACACAAUGUUUUAGUGACUCAGGUGCUGCAUGAGCUAGAAAAGAGGGGAAAAGCUAAAAGGAAAUGUUAUGUCCACUCUGCUACCUGUUUGCAGCCAGUUUGACAUACCACUGUUCUCCACUCUUAUCAUCAUCUAGGCUGGUGACUUAACAUAAUGAAAGACGCUGACUUGUAAAAAUCCAGCUUCUUUUGGAAUUUUAAUGUACGCUUACAAGGGUUGGAGGGUGGGAGAGAGGCAUAGAUCAUAAUGGGUAGUUUUCUUUAGUGAAUGUGUUCUGUGUAAGCUGUGUUAUAUCAGGUUCCAUGCUUGCAGUGGGGUUAGGGGAGACUGAGAUAGCUCAUAGCCCUUGGAGCUUGCAAGGCUCUGAUCCUGAGGCAGACUUCAUGGGAUCUAUUAACUUCCCAUGUGAUUAAGGUUGGUAUUGUAUAUUACUGGCCAACUCAAAUUUGAAAAUGCCCAGCCUCUGCUCACCACUGCGAACCGGCAUCAGGAGAUAAUGAUUUACAGGGAUGAAGGGAUAGGUGGAAGGAGGCAUGAUUAACCCUGCCCUGCCUUUCUCUUUUUCUUCCUGAAACAACUCCUCCAAACUACUUUUCCUUCACACAGUUCCAGACUUCUAUUUGCUUCUGGCCUUGAAUCAGCAGAUUUAUUUUGAAGAACUCUUGGAAGCAGUUAUUCAAAAAUAGGGAUUCUGACAGACUAAAACUGACUAGUGGUUUCAGAUGAUGAAUAUUGAAGAAAUGAAUUAAUUCAUCCUGAUUAGCAGCUAUAACAUAUGCAUAAGAAAAGCCAUUUAUUUUUAAAUACUGUAUUAAUUUUACAAUGAGAUAAUGAAGUGCCAUUUCCAUCUAGCUCAGGGUUCCGUCUUCCAACAGUAACAAUCCUGAGACAUUCACACGUGUAGUAUUUGGGUGUAGAUUCCUCACUGUAUUGUUCAUUCUAGCAAAUUAACUAGAUGCUUAUUUUUGUUUGGGGCAAUCAAUGAAAAGUCCAACAUAGGAGCAAACUGGCACACCUGCAAAAUAGGUAUUGAGUAAAAUUAGAUGAGGGGAGGGGAAGGGUGGGGGGAAAGAAUGAUUCAGUCACUGACCUGGAUCCAAUUAUCUGUUCUGUAUGUGUGGUGGAGGUUUUUAUUUUUCUUCAUACUUUGGUAUGCAAAAGGAAGGGGAGAGGUACCACACAUACACCCCUCAUAAAUCACAAAGAGCUUCUAGUGAGGGAGAGGAGAAUUUUUAAUAGUACGUUAAAAACCCCAAAGGUGUCGAUAUGCACUUCUCUGCAUUUGGGCUAUUAGGUGUGAUCCAGAGCCCUGUACAGUCAGGGUGGGGGGUAUAUAUAAUCAAAAGGGACUUCUCAUUUUUGUGAAAGGGAAUGUUCCACCUGACUGUUUACCAUUGUACUUGCAAAGUUCUUUGUUGUGAAAAACAGGAAAUCCUCUGCAUAGGAUUCUCACUGUCCACUGAAUUCAGUUGGUGCACACACUCUGCUCCUCAGAUGUGUACAUUUCUCUCUUUCAUAUCAAUACCCAAAGAAAUUCCAUCAUGUGUACUCAGUAUUUCCCCCACUGGUGGAUUUUUUGUGAAGAUAUUGCUACUUAUGUAGAACACCAUGAAUGUCAAUAUUGCCAUGAAUCUGGGAAUAGGGUGGGGGAUAUUUUUAAUAAUAAAACAACUGUUCAAAGUUGGUUUUUUAAGGUUAAAACAAAAAGGAAACAUUUAUUCAAGUCAGUAUACAAUAUGUAUUGCACUUUUUCACAUUUUAACACUGUUUUUUACAUAUCUUGUGAUUUUGAAUUUGGAACAUUGUGUAUCUUGUAGUGUCAUAGCUAAGCUGCUCUGUGACAGCUUCCUCCAGUUGAAUAUGGAGAAGGGGGUGGGAAAAGCCUCUGUAUAUUAUUUUACAGUUCUGAUGUAGGAGAGUUCUGAGGACUGCUGUAAACUUCUACCUUUCUGUACAUUUUUUUCUGUAGUAUUUGCUGUAUACUCUAUAAAUUUUUAAUACUGUCAUGUUUAUUAUUUGGUAUUGGAUAUCCAAUACACUUUUUUAAUCUAAUCAA